GAGGGCGAUGUUUUUCUCCCAGGUUUCAGGGAAACUAUUGUAGACCGUUGUAGACGCGAACCAGUUGUUCGGGAGGUCUGUGGUUUGUCAGGACAGUUUGCUGAACCUGAAUUUCCGUCAGUGUUUUCUGGAACUGUGUGUGUGUGUGUGUGUGUUUGCGUGUGUAAUGCCACACGUCGGGCGGCGUUUUGCUCCGCAGAGUGGCUCUAGCGUGUCCGGCCCGGCCGCGGGGGACGGGCUGAGGUCCGGGGGAGCUCAUGCUAACGCGGCUAACGCCAUUAGCGGCUAAUGGUGCGGCUAGCUAAGGCUCAGCCGUUUGGCGGCAUGGCGCAACACAACUUUGCCCCUGUUGUUAAUCAGCUAUUGACAACGCUGUAAGACCUUCGGAGCACGGUGACCCAACACAUGUAGUUGAAUGAGUCAGCUCGCUCCUUUUGACGUUAGUGAAAGACGGACCCAAAGCAGACAGAGGAGUGUCCCGGGCUGAUCCAGAUCUCCAUGCUGGGGUCCAUGUGCAUCAUGUCCAGCACCAUUUCCAUUCUGCAGGCUUAACCAUGAACUAUGGAAAACGUCAAGCUCUAUAGUGAAGUAUGGCGAGGUUUAGACGCAAGUCUUGCAUCACACUGAUCGCUCUGGUGCUGCUUGUGCUCGUUGUAACGGUGGUCUUAAAGGCGCUCUCACCAGAGGACUCAUCUUUCAGCAGCUCUAAAGACGUUGAGCUGUUUCUGAACAGAGAGAAUGAUCCACAGAUACAAAGAGAUGACAACAGUCACCCCGACAGGACCAAAAUGACUGACUCCGCUCACUUCAACAAGGACGCAGAUCUGGAGGCAGCACUGAGAAAGUUCCCACCUCCAAACUACUAUCUUCAUGCCUUCUACUACAUAUGGUUUGGUAACCCCAGAUUUGAUGGCAAAUACAUCCAUUGGGACCAUCCACAGCUUCCACACUGGGACUCCAAGGUGGCUCAUGGAUAUCCACAAGGAAGACACGCCCCUCCCGAUGACAUUGGGUCCAACUUUUACCCCUCUCUAGGGGCCUACAGUUCCAGGGAUCCCUCCGUUAUUGAGGCGCACAUGCAGCAGCUGCGUACAGCAGCGAUCGGUGUCAUCGUCGUUUCCUGGUAUCCUCCCAACAUGGAGGAUGACAAUGGUGAGCCUACAGACAACAUUAUUCCUCCGCUCAUGGAGAUGGCUCAGAAAUACCACAUUAAGGUUGCUUUCCACAUUGAACCGUACAGAGGAAGGGAUGAAGUCAACAUGUUCACCAAUGUCAGGUACAUCAUUGACAAAUAUGGAGAGCACCCGGCAUUUUUCAAGUACCAAACAAACACUGGCAAAGUUCUUCCCCUUUUUUAUGUGUAUGACUCAUAUCUGAUGAACUCAGAGCAGUGGGCUAAACUGCUGAAACACACUGAGAGCACCAGCAUCAGGGACACCCCGUAUGACGCCAUCUUCAUCGCCCUGCUGGUCGAGGAGAAACAUAAGAGGGAUAUCCUCACCGCAGGGUUUGAUGGGGUCUACACCUACUUCGCCACUAAUGGCUUUUCCUACGGCUCCACUCAGCGUAACUGGGGCUCUAUUAAAGCAUUCUGCGAGGAUAACAACCUGAUAUUCAUUCCAAGUGUGGGCCCUGGAUAUAUUGACACAAGCAUUCGACCGUGGAACUUCCAGAACACGCGAAACCGUAUCAAUGGCAAAUACUAUGAAACUUCUCUGAGUGCUGCAUUGGAAGCCAGGCCGGAUUUUAUCUCGGUCACGUCUUUUAAUGAGUGGCACGAGGGGACGCAGAUUGAAAUGGCAGUUCCUAAAACAAGCCAAACGGUGUACCUGGACUAUCUGCCCAAUAAACCAACAAUCUACCUGGAGAUCACCCGCAAAUGGGCAGCAAUAUUUGGCGGUGAGCGAGGAAGAUGGCAGGAUUGAUCAAAAAGCAGUUGAAAGAAAAUGAAGUGAGUUAGGGCUCUUUAUAGCAGAAGGUGCACCGAGGGGCAAAUAAAUAACCGUAAGAAGGUUUAAUUAUAAACCACUGGGCGCACAGGGAAUACUUGAUCACGUUCUUUUUGGCCUCAUUGAUGUUUGUUGUUAUUUUCAAAGCGACUUGAAUCACUUAACGCUUGUCUUCUACCUUGUUUGCACUGGCUCACACGUUUUGGAAUUCACAGUUAUCCUGCAUGUGUUAACACUGCCUUAAAUAAGAAUAAACAGCAUCAAGUGUCUUUUUUGUUUUGCUUUUGCCACUGAUCUGUAACUGUACUAAACCUUGAUAUGAAUGAACCGUAUCAUGGAAAGGAGGAAAAGUCACAAGUAAACAAACAAUUUGACGGGUAAAACGCUGUUGCCUCAUUUUUAACAGUGCA